AUGUCUGCUCUUUUAAGAUGGGUCCGAAAGCAGCUCGAAGAGCACCAGCGUCUCGAGGAAGCGAAAGCACGCGAAACCGAGAGACGUAUCCAGCGGGAGCAGCGUGACAGUGAACAGGCUCGAGCCUUAUCCCUCACCCUAUGCGAGCUACAGCGCAGCAUGGACACGCCCAUAGCCGCACAGUUCUACAACGACCGUUUCUGUCCCUUCAGUCGGUUGCCGGAAGAGCUCCUCCUAAAUGUACUCGACUUCCUCGCCGACGAUCCCGUUACGCUGCACUGUCUCCAGGCAGUCUCGAGGAUAUUCCUGCGUCUUCUUGACCGGGAAUCGGACAUCUGGAGAGACGAGUGGGACAAUUUCGACCGCUCCUGCAGAGAGACGGGCGGUGCGACAACUGCAGGCACUGGAACCACUUCUCUGUGUGCCAACCGUUCGACGACUGCAAAUUCGCGCAGAGGCACCGACGGCGCGAUUACAGGAAGCUUUAUUGCGGCGCGUGCGAUACUCAGCACGACAUCUGUCAAUUCUCCAAGAGAUCUCAGCAGCAAUGGGAAUUCCCACGAUCACGACGAUGUCUAG